AUGGGUUUACAGGCCGAGGGAUUAGCUGCAGGUCUGUGGCCGGAAGCCAGCAACGACCCGCUGCAGGCCCGGCUAUCCCCGCCUCAACCCUGCCACCGCAGGACGCGCCAGGGGCGCAGCCGGAUUCAACCCGGCCCACCUUACCUGUGCAGAGCCGCGCGAUGCCGCCCCGCUGCGGGCACCGUCCCGCGGGCUCCGCCUCAGCCCUUCCAGAGCUGCCGCUCCUACAGCUCUCACUGGCCCCCCGGAACCGGACGCACACCCGUACCCUUUCCUUCCGCACCCAACAUGGCGGCCGCCCUCCGGUCACUGCCGCCGUCAUCCGCCCGGGCUUCCGGGACACCCUCAAUGGUGGAGCGGUGGCGCUCCGCUUCUUCAGCGAUGGAGACCGUCAGCCCCUGGCCCUGCAAGGAGGCUGAGCCCGCGCGGGAGCCGCUGGAACUGAGUCUGCGGCUGUGCGCCGAUGGUGCCGAGGAGCGGGGCGCCGCCGGGGAGCAGGGGGGCGCCGCGGCCGCCCGCUGUUCCUGGGAGAUGGGGCAGAGCACGGUGGUGAGCGCCCUGCUGGAGCGGUGCCUGGCGGCGGGCGCCGUGACCCAGGAGACACUGGAUUUAAACUGUAGACCUCCCCCGUGCUUAGUGAAAUUCACAGAGAUGGAAAGAAUGGCAAACAUGCGAGCUGAAAUCAAUGAGAUGAAACUGAAAACUGAAAUCUUGCAGUUGGAGAAGGAGGCAGCAGACAUUACUCACCCUUUUUACUUAGGCAAAAAAUGUGAGAUUAUGCAAGAUAUGAACAGACACUUGGAAGCCGUACUGAAGGAGGAGAGGGCUCUUAGAAAGAGGUUGCUGAAGCCCAGAUGUCGAGAGAGCCUGCCUAUUGAGGCUACUUUCCACAAGGAUAUAGUAGAGUUGUUGACUGAGGCUGUAACUUUCAUUGAGAAGCUUGAAAGCCAUCUGCAGACCAUUAGAAGCAACCCUCAGAUACCAAACAUGGUGAAUAAUAUGGAGACAGCUUUGACAAAAACAGAGUUGCUUGUGAUAGAACUGGGGGAGCUGACAGAGAAUAUACUGAAGUGGAGAGAACUUCAAAGAACUUCCAACAUCAUCUGCAGUACUGCUGAAUUGGACUUUGGCUUAUCUGUAACCUAAGAAAUCAUUUUCCUCAAAUAGGAUGCCUAUUCAAAGAACUACCUUUUUACAGUCUUCUGUGAAAACUACAACAGAGUUGUGGUGCUUUAGGGGGAUUUUGUAGGUAGUUAUGUUUCUGUUCUUAUACAACAGUUCGUGAGCUGUAGUUCAUGGAAAGACAGACUACCGAGAAGACUGUUAAGGAGUUCCUCUUUGAAAUAGUUGGACAAGAUUCUCUUGGAGCCUGUAUUGUCAAUGCACAUUUGUUUUGAUACUUCUUUUGCACUUGCUAUAGUGUCUCUGUUUUCUGUAAGGAUCUUGAUAAUAUGCUGUAUUUUGUAUGUUGCUAUAAAACUUUAAUAAAAGCACUAGAUUUCAAGA